CACUUUGCAAGAACUAAGCGUAGAAGCUGCAACACAGAAAACCCAGAAAUCAAAUGUGAAAAGAAAGCUUUUUUUGUGUUGAAUUUGCCACGGGAUUAUACGGUUGCUGAUAUCAAAGACCUCUUUUCCCAAUGUGGGAACGUUAAAGAUGUUGAGAUUAUUAAGGAGAAAGAUGGGAAAAGUAGGGGCUUUUCGUUUGUGACAAUGGCUUCUGGUGAGGAAGAUCAGGCUUCGGUAGAUAAUCUCGACUCUCAUGAAGUGUCCGGGAUAAUUGUAAGGGUAGAGUUUGCAAGGAGAUUCAAGAGACCUUCACCGGCUUCUACUCAGCUGAUCGUUCCUGCCUGUGAGCCGCGCCAUAAGCUUUACUUGUCGAACCUUAAUCGGAAAGUCAGGGCGAAUCAUCUGAAAGAAUUUUUCUUGGCCUUCAACCCAGGUUAUGGCUUUGUUUCAUUUGCCACAAAGAAGGAAACUGAGGCUGCAAUUUCUACUCUCGAUGGAAAGGAGUUGAUGGAUUGGCCGCUACGAUUGAAGUUAAGUGAGAAAACAGCCGAUGAAUCCGGGAUGAAGACACGGAACAGAAGGAAAUCGAAGUCUUAGAUCUCAUUUCUGCAUCCUUCUGAGUGCAGUGUACAAAUCAGUAAGAAAGUUUUAUCCCCUCCCCCGGACAAGUAAUUUGUAAAU